GUGGGCAGGCAGGCAGGCAGGCAGGGGAAGCAGGCAGGCAGGCAGGGGAAGCAGGCAGGCAACACUGAGCUGCCUCUGUGGUGAAGAUAAGCGGCGGACGGUGGAAGUGAAAGGACGGCUUCGUGAAAUCAUCCCUCCACACAGACGGGACUACACAGGGACACAGAGGCCCCGGGUCGAACUUGGAAGGCAGGGAUCGUCUCAGCAGACUCAGCCAUGGCGAACAUCGCGGUCCAAAGAAUCAAGCGGGAGUUCAAAGAAGUUGUCAAAAGCGAAGAGACAAGUAAAAACCAGAUAAAAGUCGACAUGGUGGAUGAGAACUUCACAGAACUGAGGGGGGAGAUAGCAGGUCCUCCAGAUACACCAUAUGAAGGUGGCAAAUAUCAGCUUGAAAUAAAAAUCCCAGAAACCUAUCCUUUUAACCCGCCAAAGGUGCGUUUCAUCACUAAGAUCUGGCAUCCUAAUAUCAGUUCUGUGACAGGAGCGAUCUGUCUGGACAUUUUAAAAGACCAGUGGGCGGCUGCUAUGACCCUCCGGACGGUGCUGUUGUCUCUACAGGCUCUCCUUGCUGCAGCAGAACCAGAUGAUCCACAGGAUGCUGUCGUAGCAAACCAGUACAAGCAGAACCCAGAAAUGUUCAAACAGACUGCGCGGCUGUGGUCUCACGUGUACGCAGGCGCUCCUGUAUCCAGUCCAGACUACACUCGCAAAAUAGACAAACUCUGUGCCAUGGGCUUUGAUAAGAAUGCAGUAAUAGCAGCCUUGUCUUCAAAAUCCUGGGAUGUGGAAACAGCGACAGAGCUGCUGCUCAGCAACUGAAUCCCAGCCAGGUGUGAGGAUCCUUCAUCAUAGCAUCAGCUCCCCUCGACACCAUCCACACCAUUGCCUUUUUGUUACGCAGACAAACCCACUCCCCCCCCCUCCCGAUUCACCACAGCAGUCUGAGCCUUCUUCUCGAAACAAGUUUGUUUUGCUACAAACUCAAAAACACCGACAGCCCUACAAUCUUCAAAUAAGCAGCACACCACUCUGUUGCCUGUCUGACCCCAUCUGUCCAUUAAGAGUCUUUCUCUGCUACUAACUCAAACUGUGUAAAACUUCACCACAAACUCUCAGUCAUGCAUCUUGUCUUCCAUUCCUCUUCAAUCAUACUUGCUCUGAAGUGUUUUCUCCCUUAUCUCUGAAAUGUCUGUUUCUCAAUAACGCAGAGAAUCGGAUAACUGCCACUGCCUGUUGGGUUUUCCAGGGUAAAAAUGUAAAGGGGCGUCCUGAAUACUGGCCUCACAUCCAAUCACUAUUUACUCCCCUCAACAACCAGUUAGAUCUGUUAUGGACAUCAAAUACUUGUACGGUCUUGCUGGACUUUAUUGACGCGCCUAGAGCAGUGUGUUAGCUCCUGAUCAGUUAUUAGUCGAUGUUUCAGUCCACAGCAGAGGGGUGGUGGUGGAUUUAAAGAAUCAGAGAUCACACAUCCUCUUAACAGCUGCGCACAUGCACAGAAGGAAAAAGUUAUCUGUAAAUAGAUGCGUGUACAUUUGAAAAUACAACGGGGAUAUACUUCUUUUUUUCUUACAUUGCAUUGUAAAACAAAAGUUAUUUUAAAUAUAAACUAUGCCUAGUUUACAAGUAAGACGGAGAAAUAUCUUUAAAUGCGUUUGUGAACCCAGGAGAAAUCGCUCCAAAUUAAAUCUUUUUUCUUUUUGAUGCUUUGGUGAAAAGGGGUGACAGCUAGCUAAGAGGGUCACCACACGCUACCUUUUCUGCUACACCACAAUCCAACCUUUUUCUCGUGUCUUUUGUGUCGUCCUUGCAUGUUCUACGCUGCCUUUGUUGUAUUUGGCCAAAUGAUGUGGUGAUGGGGCGUCUGCUAGAUUUAACGUUCCCCCCUUCGGCUCGUGGAGCCCGCAGGACUCUUCUGUGAACCUGUGGAAAGAAAGAGACUCCAGGAAUCCUCCGCUUUAAAGCACACCCAGUUUGGCUUCAUACUCGUGGGGAACCAAAGCCUUUUUCUGUCGAUUUAACGAGCCGUGUUUGCUGGAAAACGUUCUCCUCCGCUCUGCACAGGAGAUAACCGACCUCAAGGAAGAAAUAAGUGAUUCUGAAUGCCAUUGAUUUUUUUUUUGUGAUGCUGUGGUUUUGUUUUUAACUCAUUUUCAGAACAAUCGCUUUCAUCCAUGUGCGCGCUAUUUUCAGCCGCAGAUUAAGGAUCUGCUGUCCCUCAUAAUCCUGAUGUCGAUUAUUUAAAAAGUGGGGGCUUCAUCACAGACUACUGAUCCGAUCCAGCAGAUCUCAAUCAAACCUUUGGCCAUAUAAAGAGGUGUGUAGGUGAUGCCCUAUAUAUCCAGACAUGCUUUACUACACAGCCAAAAAAAGAUCAAUGUGAUGCUUGAUGAGUUAAAAAAAAAAAAAAAAAAAGGGGCUGGAACUCCUCUGUUGGUCUUUGAAGCCGAUAGCAGGCCUCGCUCAUUUUGAUCUGAGGUACAUGGACUGUAUAGAAACGCUCUGCAUAUGGAGAAGUGGGGUUUGGAUUCAUCCUAACACAUGGCCUUUUUUUUUUAUUUUUGAAACUCUCUUCCUUUUGCUUUGCCCUCAUUACAGUUACUACACAGAGAACGUGCACCUUCUCCACUGGUGGUGAACUGUUUCCAGCCAAAGCCCCAAACCCCCCCCCCCAGACAAAGCUCAUAGUUAGGGGUCCACAGUCUCCUUUACUUGUAAAUAGUCGGGUUCUUAAAGAACCGUCUCUUUAUCACUAGAGCGCACCAUUGAUGGCUGGAUCUAUAUUUUGUAAUAAAAAGAAAGGACAAAAAAAGGAAGAGAAGCCCCCUCCUCCCCGUCUUCCUGGUGUUCUAUGUACAAUAUUGCACGACGACGAAGCAUAAAAACAAGGGGCUGUUGCAUCUCGGUUUCUCCAUUUGGAUUGAGACUUUUUUUUUUUUUCUCUUUUGUUUCCUUGGAAGCAAGCAUCAGCAGUAUAAAAAAAAAGCAUGGUUAUUUAUUGUGACAGUGUCAUGUUUCUUUGAUUAAAAAAAGUGGAAAAUUAAGUCGA